CCCAGAUUCUGACUCCAGCUGACCACCGGCAGUGUCCGGCACUCGCGGCCUGAAAUUUCUUCUGCUUCGCCCAAGCUCCACACGUCUCCGGUGAGGUCACAGCGUCAGUCGGCGCCCACCACCUGCUCGACAGAAUGUAUCGGGGGAAAAACAGCAAGAGAGCGGCGGUGCCUCCGGCGGGAGGCAGCGGAUGCAGCAUAGAAGCCAUGCCGGACGGCAUCCUCGAGCACAUCCUCGGCUUCCUGCCGGCUCCGGAGUCCGUGCGGACAUGCGUGCUUGCUCGGCGCUGGCGCCAUCUCUGGAGGUUCGCCACGGGAAUGCGUGUCGGGUGCGGCGGUGACGACGAUUUCCUGACGCCGGUGAAGGAGCGCCGGGAGUUCAUGGACCGCGUGCUCCUCGGUGGAGAAUCGCCCCUCCACACGUGCGAGUUCAAGCUCGGUGAGUUCCAGCACGAGGACGUGCCCCGGGUCAACCACUGGCUCCGGCAUGCCAUGAUGCGCAAAGUGCGUGUGUUCAGUCUCAAUAUGUCGCCAGAGGAGGCUCCAACUCCAUACCUCGAGCUCGAUGAUCAGCCGCUCGCUUCCCAGCACUUGACAAGGCUAGAUCUCUCUUAUGUACAGGCCCGCAACAGUUUCCUCGACUUCUCAAGCUGCCCGUCGUUGGAGAAUCUAGUGCUGCGAUACUGUGAGUUCUGGUCUGCCACCAAGAUCUCAUCCAAGUCAGUGAAAGAUCUAGCCAUCAUUAGCUGCGAAAUCACAGCAUCCAUAUCGGAGCAUCCCAUUCCCCGCCUCUGAAUUUGUGCCCCAAAUUUGGUUUAUCUUCACAUAGAUGAUAUUGAGGGGAGAACUCCCGUUCUUGACAGCAUGCCAUCAUUAGUGCGGGCAUUUGUCCGAAUGAUUGAUGAUUGUGAGGAUACUUGUGACAAACUACUGGAUAACUCACAGUGUGGUUGUGAGUAUUGCACAACUUCUGGUAAUGGCGGUGAUGAUAACCAUAGUGUGGUUCUAAAAGGUUUAUCAGAAGCUACGGAUUUGGAGUUGAUUUCUUCACCAGAAUUGUUUAUCUUCAAAAUGGAUUUGAGACUGUGCCCUACAUUUAGCAAAUUAAAGACUCUGUUUCUCAAUGAGUGCUGGUGUAUGCCUGAUGACUUCACUCCGUUAGCUUGUAUCCUUGAACACUCACCAGUUCUAGAGGAGCUCACACUUGAGCUAUUUUGUGAGAGUUCUGAGUAUGAAGUGGAAAUGGAAGGAAGAUUUAGUGUGGAGCGACCAACUACAAUUUCAAAACAUCUUAACAUUGUUGAAGUCAAGUGUCAAGAUGUUGAUAAGAGAGUUCUCAAAGUUUUAAAGUUCCUGUGUACCUUUAACAUACGUUUCAGUUUUUAAUCACAGGUGCAAGAAAAUUUGGGCUGCCGUUUGACCUUCUGCUGCCAACCGUUAGGGAAUGCAAGGCCAUACUUCGCUGCGGCAAGGUUGCCAUCUUUUGUAUAUGGGUAACUGGGUAUGCUAUGUCAGUUUUACAUUUACAGUCCCACGAAUGUGUAAACUGGCAUCAUUUUGCAAUCAGUUCACAAUGAUUUGUGCCACACCAUGUGACCCAUUUUGCAAUCAGUUCACGAUUUGUUUGAGCUUAUCAGCCGAA